GGUGGUGCUAGAAGUAAUCUCAACAUGAGUGCUGCUGGUAACCGAAAUAGAGAAAUUUUACAAAAAGAAAAGUCAGCCAAAUCUGAGGGGAAACACGAAGGUGUCUAUAGAGAACUGGUUGAUGAGAAGGCUCUGAAACACAUAACAGAAAUGGGCUUCAGUAAAGAAGCAUCCAGGCAAGCUCUAAUGGAUAAUGGCAACAACUUAGAAGCAGCACUGAAUGUACUUCUUAACAGCAAUAAACACAAACCUGUUACAGGACCACCUCUGAGAGGUAAAGGAAAAGGCAGGGGGAGAAUAAGAUCUGAAGAAGAGGAGGAACUGGGAAAUGCAAGGCCAUCAGCACCAAGCACAUUAUUUGAUUUCUUGGAGUCUAAAAUGGGGACAUUGAGUGUGGAAGGUAGGCUAACUUAAAGUAGAUUUCUUUUUAA